CCAUCCCUAAUUUGACGUCUUUUUUCGCUUCGCUGAAUUGUGGUUGUUUGCGGCGCAAUUUAUGGAUAUUAUUUAUUUAAAUUAUUAAAUUGCUUCAAGAAAUAUAUCGUCAAACCCAUCUCAGUUAAGGUAAGGGCGUAAGGUAACCUUACGGAAGUACUGAAAAGUGAUUAUUUAUUAUGUUCAUAUAUUUCCUUCUGUAUCACAGCCAUGUUGAAGUAGUGUUGAUUUUACUCAGUUUUCGUCAGUUAUAGUUAUAAAAGUUAAAAGUUAUUCACAAGUAAAUGUGACAGACCCGAGUUUCGUUUGUGUUGUGAAUAAAAGUUGAAAAGUCUUUCAAAAUGAAAAGUGUUAUAAAGUGCCACCGAUUCUGCCGUCGAGGCGUCAUCUGCAAGGGAUGGAUUCUGAAGAUUCACGAGAUGGUGGUGGUGAUGGUCGUUCAUCGUCAAGUAGUAGCAGCUCCAGUUCCAGAAGUCAAAGGAGCUCAUCAUCUAGAAGUGAUGCCUCUAAGAGUCAUCCCAAGUCACCACCACACAGUCCCAGAUCAGUUAAUUCCCCUAAAUCUGAAGGACGAAGAUCUCCUUCCCCCAAAUCAGGUAUCAGAUCUGCAUCGCCCAAAUCUGAUGAUGUUAGGUCUCCGUCUUAUAAAUCAGAAGGGCGUAGAUCUCCUUCUUCUAAAUCAGAAGGUCCUCGAUCACCUUCACCUAAAUCUGAUGGCCCUAGAUCUCCAUCUCUUGAAAGUCGAUCCCAAUCCCCCUCCGAACAGUCAAAGCGACCACGGUCUACAGAUAACUUGAGUGGAGUUCACUCUGAUAUAAAUUCACCUGAAAAUUCUAGGACUGCAUCUCCUGCAGGAUCUAAAUCUGCAGAUUUACCCAAGUCACAUAGUGAUGUGGGUUCCGGUGCUGAAUCACCUGAAAGAUUAAACCAAUAUUCCUCAGUAGCUCCGAAAACACCACAGAGCCCCAAUAGUUCUAUAAAGUCUCCAACAGGAUCACGUGGGUCAAGAUCCCGCCCUGCUACACCAGACUCUGAGUCUAACCAUGGAUCUCCAAGCAGAAGAGCUCCUAAUCGAUCCCCAUCAUCAAGCCCGUCUCCAGAUCGAAAAAAAUCACGGUCACCAAUUCAUUCUCCUGUUAAAAGAAAUGCUUGGAGUCCUAAGGAAACAUGGAGAAGGCACACAAAAGCUGAACAAAAAAUGGUUCCAGUAGAAAGACCUCGUAGCGCGUCAGAAUCAAGUCAGUCAAGUAGAGACUCAUCUUAUAACAAAAGGACAACUGCUAAAGAUCCAGCCACUGAAGAAAUCUCUGAAGGUGAAAUGGAGUCAGAUCAAGAAGAUAGGAAAUCUAGAAGUAAAUCAGUGGCAAGUGAGAAACAUGAUGUUAAAGAUUUGAAUAUCAGCCAUGAAGAUCUCUCUGAUGUUUCUGAUUUAGAUUCUGUAGCAGAUGAUGAAAAGGAAACAAAACAAAAAUCAAUACCAGUGUCACCAGAAAACAAACAAAUAAAUGUUAAUGGUAACAAUGCAAGUUCACAAGUGUCACCGAAAUCAGAUAGUGGCAAUGGCAAAGCUGACCCACCAAAAUUUGAAAAGGUUCCUCAAGAGAAAACGAGUAAUACAGAAGAUGGUGAAGAGCAGUUAGAUUUUGAAGCAGAAGAAGGAGAAUGUAUAGAGCCCAAGUCUGUUGAACAACAAAAUGGCGACACCGAUGUUAAAGCAUUUGAGAAAGAAGAAGAAAAGCCGGGAAAGCGUUCGCGUGGUUCGUCGCUUGAAGAGGGCGAAGUCUCGGACGAGGCGGAAAGGCGGCCCGAAGAGAAUGAGCCAAGACCAGUCUGCAGGUUUUUCUCGAGAGGCGCUUGCACAUGGGGAGUAAGUUGCAGAUUCCUCCACCCCGGCGUGACGGACAAGGGUAACUACAACAUGUUCGACGUGGUGCGCGGCGUGCCCCCCGCCGGGCCGCAGACCGCGCCGCCGCGAGACGCCGCGCCGCCCGAGUCCGCGUGGGAGCGCGGCUUGCGGACCGCUAAAGAGAUGUUGCGUAUAGCGAACAAGCGUAAAGAGCAAGACAUGGAUUUCGAGGAGAAAAAACUGCAUCUGUCAGUGGGCGGUGUGGUGCACGAUCCGGACGCGGAGUUAGCUUACGCCGCGGCCGCCGUGGGCGCUUCGCCGCCGCACCGGGAGCUGCCGCCGCAGCACCGCGACAUGGAGGCCUACAGGCCAUACGGUCCCCCGGGCAUGUACCGCGGCCGGGGCUACCCCCGAGCGAUGCCGGAGGACCGCGGCCGCUACUAUGAACGUGAGCGAAUGUACGAACGCGAACGCGUGUACGAUAGACCGCCGCCGUUUGACGACCGAGUGCCGCCUACUGACGAUGCGUCUUAUCAUAAGAGACGGGUCCGAUCUUCCCGUGAAGUAAUAGUGCAACGCGCCGAAGUAGAAGCCCGCCGGGAGCCGCGGGAGGCGCGGGAGCCGCGCGAGGCGCGCGAGCGCAGGGACGCGCGCGGCGACGAGUGGGCCGACCCCUGGAUGCGCGCCGAGCCCGCCGCGCGCAGGCGGCGCCCGCCCUCCUCCGACGACUCCUACUCUUCCUCUAGCUCUUCAAAUUCCAGUUCUCGCAGUUCGCGCUCGCCCGGAGUCCGCCGCAAGAGGAGACAGUCGUCUUCGUCCCGACAAAGGUUAUCGCCGUCGGUGAUAGUGCGCGAGCGGCGGUUGGCGACCGCUCGGGCGACCGCCAUGAACCCGCCCGCCCCGCGCCGCCGCGCGCCCUCACCCGGCGCCACCCGCCAGCUGGCCGCCAACCCCCCGCCACCCGCCUCGCACCGCCAUAAGGAUGAACUGGAUCCCUAUGGUCGUAACAAAACGUCGAGUCGCAACAGAGAUAGGAAAAAAUAUUCCAGAUCUUCAUCAUCUGGUUCAGACUCAUCCUCAUCAUCGAGCGAAUCCGAGAGCUCACAUUCGUCUUCAUCGUCUGGCAGUUCUGGCGCUCGUCGCGCGAGACACGCGAGGUUGCUCAACGCUGCUCAGAGGCCAAGGUUGAACGCCAAGUCGAAUGCUGGUUUAGCCGCGGCGGUGUCGACUACGGUUGCAAGUAAAAAGGAAGUGACCAGCGAUAAAGAAACUGUUGGAAAGAAACGUUCUGCUGCGUCUCCAGAUGAGUCGCCUGCGGCCAAAAAAUCAGUUUCCAGAAGGGAAGAGCUACUCAAGCAACUGAAAGCUGUCGAGGACGCGAUAGCCAGGAAGAGGUCGAAGAUAUAGAAGUUAAAACGGAUUUCAUAGCGGUUAUAUUAGUGAGCCGAGCUUUGGACUGCCUUACUGGCAAUGUUUUACUGUGCAUUUGACGUCAUAGAAUUGUUCCUCAAUGAUAGUUUUGAAGUCGUACAAAUGAGCAUUUAAUUGUGAUGUAAAUAGCCUUCAAGUAAACUGACUCUGAUCUGCUUCCCAAAAAGUAUAUCGGUAAUCUUUUGUGUUGUAAGUGUAUCUUUAUAUUUCUUAGUUGAAUCUUGUAGACCGUAUAUAGGUUGAACUUAAUUAUGAUACAUAUUAAUGUGUAAAAGAACGUAUUUUGUUAUUGUUUGUUCAUCACAAUGUGAAAAAAUCUAGUAUGUUAGGUUUUGAUGCAUCAGUGUGAUAUGUAACAAGUAAAAGGAAUACAUAAUUUUUCUAGUAAAAAACAAGUUUCAUUUAGACAUUUUUUAUUAUAUGUACAUU